AUGCCAGAGCACAUCCCUUCAAAUUUCAAACUUUAAACAUGGUUGGGAGACUGAUCAGAUAAUGGUAAGAGAUCAAACGGAGGUAAUUCGUUGGUGAGGCAGCCAGAUGCUGACGGCAGUGACGGAAUAAUUCCCCUGCUCCGUACGGGGCUGCCCUAUUGGCGCUCGAAAUGUGGAGCGACGCGUGCUAACGUACGCCUCUGCUACCGUUAUAUAUAUAUCUUCACACCCAGAGGAAGCACCCCCGUAGUGUGGAGUCGAGGUGUGGGGCUGGCAGCACAGAGGAUAUUCUUGCAAUCCUCUGGAGAGAGAGAGAGAGAGAGAGAGAGAGAGAGAGAUGGAGAGAGAGAAGGAAAUGAAGCAAUCAAGGUUCAAGAGGGUUUGCGUGUUCUGUGGGAGUAGCCCGGGGAAGAAGAACAGCUACAGGGAUGCAGCUAUAGAGCUUGGGGGGGAGCUGGUUUCGAGGGAUAUAGAUCUGGUGUAUGGAGGUGGGAGUGUCGGUUUGAUGGGUUUGGUUUCUCAAGCUGUUUACGAUGGCGGCCGUCAUGUCAUUGGAGUCAUUCCCAAGACUCUCAUGCCUCGAGAGAUAACUGGUGAAACAGUGGGUGAAGUGAAGGCAGUCGCAGAUAUGCACCAAAGGAAGGCAGAGAUGGCUAGACGAUCAGACGCCUUCAUUGCUUUGCCUGGUGGCUAUGGGACACUUGAAGAACUUCUUGAAGUGAUAGCCUGGGCACAACUUGGCAUCCAUGAUAAACCGGUGGGGCUGCUGAAUGUGGAUGGGUACUACAACUCACUGUUGUCGUUUAUUGAUAAAGCAGUGGAGGAAGGUUUCAUUUGUCCGACUGCACGCCAUAUAAUUGUAUCAGCCCCGACUGCAAUUGAGUUGGUGAAGAAAAUGGAGGAGUACGUUCCCUGCCAUGAAAGAGUUGCUUCGAAGGUAAACUGGGAGAUGGAACAGUUAAGCUACUCACCGAAAAGAGAUAUCUCAAGGUAAGGAAAUCAAAUCUGCAUAGGGUAAAAGGAAGAGGAAGGUGUUUUGCCGAUGGAAGAACUAAUUUUAGAAAGCAGAAAUUUCCUGAAGUUGGGGAAUUUUUUUUUUUCCUAAUUUCUCUGUUUAACUACAUGAAUAGGCCUAUAUAUGUGAAGCGUCACAUUCUCUUCAAGUGGAGAUUUGAUUUUCCAUUGAUCAAUCUGGUUGUCAAGAAACUGGAGGAAAAAAAUUUAAAUUUUGUAUUGAAUGAUAGUACUAAGUUUCUGAAUUCACUUUUUAUUUU